AUGCUGAAGAAAAUGUUUGAUACAUUUAUUUUCUUCAUUUGUUCAUCAGGUGUGUUUGGUGUUGAUGCAGCGAAGUUAGUGCCAGAGUCAGUGAUGGAGGGAGAUCUUGUCACUCUAAGAACUGAUGUUACUGAAAUACUGCAAUAUGAUCCGAUCCAGUGGAAGUUUGGAGACAUUCUCGUAGUUAAAAUCAACAUGAAGGAAAAUAAGAGCAUGAUUUAUAAUACCAGUGCUGCUGAGAGACUCCGAGACAGACUGAAGCUGGAUCAGACUGGAUCUCUGAGCAUCACAAACACCAGAACCACAGACUCUGGACUUUAUAAAAUAAGCAGCACUGGAACAGUGACACCGCUCAACACAUUCAAUCUUACUGUCUAUGCUCGUCUGUCUGUUCCUCUCAUCAGUAGAGACUGUCCUUCAUCAUCAUCACAGCAGAAUUGUUCACUGUUGUGUUCAGUGGUGAAUGUGGGUCGUGUGACUCUCUCCUGGUACAAAGGAAACAGUUUAUUGUCCAGCAUCAGUGUGUCUGAUCUCAGCAUCAGUCUCUCUCUACCUCUGGAGGUGGAAUAUCAGGAGAAAAACACCUACAGCUGUGUGCUCAACAAUCCCAUCAGCAACCAGACUCAACACCUGGACAUCAGUCAACUCUGUCACACAUGUGCAGAACACUGUGUCUGCUGUUGCGGUUCUACUGAAGCUGUGCUCCGAUUGGCUCUCUCUGCUCUAGUGGGCGUGGCUACUGUUUCUGUGCUGAUUUAUGACAUCAGAUCCAGAAGUCUUCAACAGAAGAAAA